AUGAAGACGUGCUUCUAUGAAGUGCUUGGCGUGGAGCCGAGAGCCACUGCCGAUGAGGUAUGCAGACAGACAAUCAGAUGCAUGGCUUGAUGAACGUCCUGUCUGUCUGUGUGUCUGUGUGUUUCCGUCAGAUCAAGAGCGCCUUUCGCAAGCUGGUGAGCACAGUCGACCACAGACAACGCAUCUUGUGCAAUUGAUUCAUGUCGGUAGUCUGUUUCCUUCCUUUGAUGCAUCUGUCUGUCCACGCCAGGCGCUCAAGUGGCACCCUGACAAGAACCGCGACAACCAAGAGGAGGCCACACAGGUCCGUAGACUCGCACACAUAAGCAUACUCCAUUUCACCGGAUGUGUUGCGUUGUGCAUGUUGGUGUGGAUGUGUGAUGUGUGCUGUUAUGGCCGAGCAGAAGUUCCAGGAGCUGCAGGAGGCUUAUGAGACCCUCUCUGACGCACAGGAGAGAGCGUGGUACGCCACAGACAGAAACAGAGACGAGAGCAAGCCAACGACGCUCGCCGCGCGUGUGUCUGUGUGUGCGCUUGUCAGGUAUGACAGCCACAAGGAGCAGAUCCUCUCGGGAGGUACGUACGCUGCACACGACAGGCAGACAAACCGAUGCUGCCACGAUUGACUGACACGAUUGCCACAUCCGUUUCCCCAUCUUGCCUUCUCCGCACAGGGGAUGUGUCUGACGGGGGGGUCAAGGCGGCCACUCGAGUGGACAUCUGGCACUACUUCACCACGACGGCCUACAAGGGGUUCGGUGACGAUGGGAGUGGCUUCUACAGCGUCUACAGGGAGGUGUUCGCCAACCUGGCGGCCGAGGAAGAGGACCACCUCAGUGACGAUGAAGACGAACUCGUGAGCGACCGGAUGGAUGUGGCGAGGUGGUGGACUUGACGCCCUGCCCUGCCCUGCCCUUCUCUCUGUUGGUUUUUUGGUUGGUUUGUGCGUUUAGGGUGCGCCUUCUUUCGGUGACUCGCAAUCGAGCUGGAAGGUAAAAAGCAGGGAGGAAGGAAUGUGUCACAUGAGCAACCACCACAGCCAUGCAUGGCGUCUGCUGUGUGCGUAUGUAUGUAGGAUGUGGCUGCCUUCUACACCUGGUGGAGCAACUUCGUCAGCAAGAAGCCUUUCGGAUUCGCCGACCAAUACAACCUCAAAGAGGUAUGUAACACACACACACACACACACACACGCACACUGCCCACUUCUCUCUCCCAUGCACCAUUCGCUCACCAGGCCCCCGAUCGCCGCUACAGGCGGGCAAUGGAGCAAGGUACGGCGACCACUAAUGCAGCAACGGUCUGUCUGUCUGCCUGUCUGUCUGUCUGUGUGCAGAGAAUCAGCGGUUGCGGAAGCGCGCCAAGAAGGAGUUCAACGACACUGUGAGGGCACUGGUGGCCUGGGUCAAGAAGAGGGACAAACGAGUCAUUGCCAGAAGGGUACACACAUCACACCACGGGCCACACGCACACACACACACACAUGCAGCGGCGCAUCUGUGCUUGUGAACAUUGCCUCUGUCCGUGCAGGAGUCCGAGGCAGAGCGUGAGAAGAAGGAGAAGGCCGACAAGGAGCGGGCCAAGAAGGUCGCUGAGCAAAACAAAAAGAAGCAGGUGACUGACUGACAAGGGAUUCCCCCGCACACACGCCCUCAUGCGCACAUGUCGUCUCACUUCUGGUCAGCGUGAGCUGGCCCGUGCGGCUGAGUUGGAGCGGUGGGCUCAGGUGGACAAGGAGAGAGAGGUGAGUGAGGUACCCUCACCACACAAUGACACACGACACAAUCAAGUGGCACACCACCACACUACGGCGCCCCUUCCUUGAUUGAUUCAUGCUCAUGCAGGAGGGCGACGAGGGCAACCCCUACUCUGAGGAGUCGGAAGACGAGCAGGAGGAGGGCGUCGUCUACUUCUGCGACGUGUGCAACAAGCAGUUCGGCUCAGAGAAGACGCUGCAGUCCCACGAGCGGUCCAAGAAACACAUGCAGGCCCUCGCCGCACUCAAGAGAGAGAUGGAGGAAGAGGUCAGUGGGCAAUCGGCACAACAGAACAGACGGCAUACGGACGAAUGUGCUGUUGGAGGAAUGUGUGUGCGUCGUGUGUUUGUGCCGGUCGGUUGCCAGGAAGAUCUGAUACGCCAGGAUGGUGAGCCUGCUGCGGCUGGAGAAGCGGAGAACGGUACUGAUGAUGCCGACGAGGGCGACCAGCAGGAUGGGUGUAGUGAUGACGCCGCCCCCGCCCCCAACGUGAGCAGGAAGAAGGCCAAGAAACAACAGAGGAGACAGCAGCAGCAGCAGCAGCAGCAACCACCACCACCACCACACCACCACCACAAGAGAGGCCAAGAGCAAGACGUAGAUGACGCUGACCUCGACGAGCUGCUGGAGGACGAUCUAGCCGACGGCCCCUCUAUGCCAGGUGUGUCUUCCUCUUACAAGAGUAAGAAGCAGCGGAAGCAGCAGCAGAAGAGGCAGCAGCAGGCCAAGAUGCAACAAGAAGAUGAAGAGGACAGCGAUGAUGAAGGACAAGACGACGAGGAGGAUGAGGAUGAGCCCAUCGACGAGGACCUGCUGCACAGCUUCGCCAAGGCCAACAUCAGGACAGAUGCCCCUGCACCACCACCAGCGGCAGCAGCGGCUUCAUCAGACACCAAGAACGGCUCUUUCGAUGAGGGCACAUCAGACCAGGGCCGCGACAAGGGAAGGAGGAAGGGCGGCGGCAAGCAGGCCAAGAGGGGCGGUGGCGACACUGCUGCUGCUGCUGCUGCAGCUUCAGCCCCAGCCCCAGCAGCGGCAGAUGUGCAUGAGUGUCAGGUGUGCAGUGAGCGGUUCGAGAGUCGGACCAAGCUGUUCAAGCACAUCAAGGAGGUGGGCCAUGCGGCGCUGAAAGAGGCGCCGCCGCAGACCAAGGGAGGGAAGGGCAAGAAGAAGGGCAAGUGACGCUGACGCGUGUCUGUGUGUGUGUGUGUGCGUGAGUGAUGGAGGUUGGCAGUUUUGACGGUUGCUUGCUGCAUUGCAUCUGUUUUGACGGCUGAUGG